AUGGCCGCCCAGGACGAAUGGUCUGUCGACUCCAACGAUGCUAUCAGUGUGUCGCUCGUUCAGCCUUCGUCUGAUGGUCUUCAACCUGUCAUCCAGUUCCACCCUCAAUUCACAUAUCCUAUCUUCGGCGAAGCAGAAUCAAUAUUUGGCUAUAAAGAUCUUGAGAUCGGUCUAAGAUUUGCGGCGCAUGACCUAAGACCAAAUUCCCAAAUCUCGUAUAACUCCAAGUUCAAAACAGUUGGCGACACCUCUGCUCUAGAUCUGAACAAGACUUUGAAAGAUUUCCUGCCGUCAAGCGCAUUCGAAAACACCUUCGACGAUGCCCUCUUGAACGAUGUCUCAGCAAAAGAUUGGACGCCACCAGGAGAGCUCGUCAAAUCAUACUCUCGGAAUGGUGAGACUUUCGAAAUCUGGGCUGCGGCUCUAUCUGAUCCUCGGAUGAAGGAGCUCGUCGGCAAUAUCCAGAUCUUCAUCCUCUUCUUCAUCGAAGGCGGCCAGUAUCUUGAUCUGGACGACGUGGACUGGACCUUGGAUCGAUGGCGUGUCUAUCUUGUCUACAAGAAGCUCUCUUUGCCACCUACGCCACAAGCCUCACCCUACUGCUUUAUUGGCUACGCGACGACGUAUCGGUUCUACCGAUUCCUCGCGCCGGCGCGCAAGCCUCAAACUCCGGAGCAACUCGAGCCCUUUCCACCAAAAGAAGCUCUCAGCGCCAAACGCUUGUCUUCGAGGCUCCGUAUCUCACAAUUCUUAGUUCUGCCCAACUACCAAAGAGGAGGUCACGGCUCAGCAUUGUAUGAGGCAAUCUAUGGAGAGGCGAUGGCGGACGAUACGAUCCUCGAACUGACCGUGGAGGAUCCAAGCGAGGAGUUCGAUAAGCUACGAGACGUAAAUGACUUCAAGAUCCUAAGACCAGAGUUCGAAAAAGCUGGAGUCCAGCUCAACACUGAUCCUUUCGCCAAGGCGUCUCGUGGUAGUAUCAGAAGAGUCCCAACGGCAACUCUCCUACCUGUUGAGAAGCUCAAGGACAUCCGCAAACGUUACAAGAUUGCCGCAAGACAGUUCUCGAGGCUGACAGAGCUGUUUCUACUGGCCAACAUAGCUUUCUCACAUCGACAGCUAGGUGGCGGGUCCUUGACAGCUCUCAAGGUCAAGGGCGCAAGGGCGUCAGAUCCUAACGAUCGGAGCUACUAUUGGUGGCGUAUUCUGCUAAAGCAACGGAUCUUGAAGAAGAACAAAGACGUUCUGAUCCAGCUGCCCGUGGAGGAUCGCGUCUCGAAGAUUGAAGACAGCGCAAGUGGUCAGGAGGAUGAGUACGAGGGUAUUCUAUUGCUGCACGCCACUAGCCUGCAAAAGGAGCAAGAGCGGAACGGUAACGGCAGUAGUGAGACUGGCCCGUCGGUGAUUCGCAAGCGGAAAGUGGUAGACGAUGAUGAUGAUGAGGAUGAGGACGCCGAGGAUGAUGUGUCAUCUAAGCGGCAAAAGGCGUAA